AUGGCACCAGAACCGAUUCUGCCAACGUCCAACGAGACGUCGGCCACCGCCUCUGUCGACUCGGGGUCGCCAACACGGACAACAGCAAAGCCGUCCUUGAUAGAGCGUUUCCGCCUCCACGAUGAUGUGAACAUUCACUAUGCCGACAUCCCUGUCUGCCUGUGCAGUCUGACGUCCGGCCUUUGCGAUAGCGUCGCCUUCAAUGCCUCGUCAGUCUUUGUGUCGAUGCAAACGGGCAACACGGUCUUCCUGGCCCUUGGCACCGCAGGAUUGCCAGCCAAUGUACCGCUGCUCUGGUUGAAGUCACUAUGCUCCAUUGCCGCGUUCAUGGCCGGCGUCUUUGUCUUUGGGCAAACGCGCCACGUGCGCCCCACGUCCAAGCUCACCCUCGCGGCCAACUUUCUGGCGCAGAGCAUCUUCAUCUUUGCCGCGGCGGCGCUGGCGCAGGGCGGUGUCGCGCCGGCCUUUGGCCUGCUGAGCGUGGCCGAGGCCCUGUCGCGCGAGGAGCACGCCGACCUGCGGGUGCUGGGCCCCAUUGUGCUGCUCGCCUUCCAGUUUGGCGGGCAGAUCUGCUCGAGCCGCAUCCUGGGCUUCAACGAGGUGCCGACCAACGUGCUCACCAGCGUCUACUGCGACCUGUUCAACGACCCGAACCUGCUCGCCCCCUGGAAGGCCAACAAGAAGCGCAACCGCCGCGCCUCGGCCGUCGUGCUCAUGCUCGUCGGCGCCAUCAUUGGCGGCUGGCUGGCCAAGAGCGAUGCCGGUAUGAGCACUGCCCUCUGGAUCGCUGGCGCCAUCAAGUUUGGUAUCGCGACUGCGUGGCUGCUGUGGAAGCCCAAGCAGACGGCCCAGCCGGCGGAGAAGAAGUAG